CCAGAAUUGUGAGAGGAAGCGAGGAUCACGAUCACUGAUGAUGUUCUCGGGGAGGCCGUGAUGGUGAGAAACAUGGUCGAAGAAGAGUGUGGCGAGGUCCUUGGCACUGUGCGAGGUCGUGCAAGGGACGAAGUGGGCACGUUUGGUCAAGCGGCAGACAAUGACGUAGAUGUAAUCAUGCCCGCGGUCGGUUUUGGGGAGGCCGCACACGAAGUCCAUGGAGAUGGACUGCCACCGAUUGGCCGGUUCGUGGUGGUCUACCGCGAUGACAUACUAAUCUUCAGCAAGUCCAUGGAGGAACACCUCAAGCACCUUGAGGAAGUAAUGGCCAUCCUCAAGAAGACGCAACUCCAUCUCAACUUAGAGAAAUUUGAGUUUGGGAAGGAUAGUGCCAUCUAUCUUGGGCACCGGUUGUCUGCUGCAGGCCUGGAGCCUGAAGCAACCAAGGUGGAGGUCAUACGGAACUGGCCUCGGGCCGUGAACAUUCGCGAACUGCGUGCUUUUCUUGGUCUCGCGUCAUACUAUCGGCAGUUUGUGCCCCGCUUCUCCAUUGUUGCUCAUCCAUUGUCGCGGUUGACCAGUAAAAAUGUUCCCUAUUCUUGGGACGCCGCGUGCACGAAUGCCUUCCAAGCUUUGAAGGAAGCCUUGGUGCGCAACCUCGUGGCUGAGCAGGGAUUGCAUCUGAUCAUUGAGCCCGGGAGGUCAAUGGUUGCAAACUCAUCUGCGCUUGUGAUGAGGGUCACAGGAGUGAAGAGCAAUGGGAACAAAGAUUUCAUUGUGGUGGACGGCAGUAUGGCUGAACUCAUUAGACCCAGCCUUUAUGAUGCAUAUCAGCACAUAGAGUUCGUAUCACCUCCACCAAGAGGAGCAGAUCUGAAGACUUACGAUGUGGUUGGACCGGUGUGCGAGUCUGCCGACUUCCUCGGAAAGGACCGUUUGUUGCCAACUCCUGAAAGGGGAAUGGGGAUUGUUGUGCUCGACGCAGGGGCUUAUUGUAUGUCUAUGGCUUCAGCAUACAACCUGAGAAUGCGCCCACCAGAGUAUUGGGUGACUGAGGGUGGGAAACUGGAGAAGAUCAGGCAUGGAGAGACCCUUUCGGAUCAUCUCAAGUUCUUUGAGAACCUGUGAGGCGGCCAGGUCCGCGCAAAAGUUUGCAGCCUUCAGAACGGCAUGGCUACCUCGUUUCCCCCGGGUGCGCCCCAUUUUUGCUGUGAUAGGAUUUUUUUGGGGUGCUUCACAUAUAUGCAGCUCCUUUUGCCACUCAAGAGGGUUGUGUGUUUUUUUUGUUCCAUCUGUCAUUCUUCUUAAGGUUUGUGGCACUUUUCUUGAUCCCAUCACGUUCUUCGUGAGAUUAGUGCAGAGUUUUCUUCUUCUCCCUCAUUUCCAGAUCUUUCCUGUGAAGAAUUUGAAGUGUAUACAAAUUUGUCUUCAUGUUCUUGGCUUUCGGUUCAUGUUUUGAACCUCUGCUCUCCUCGAGGUCUUUUCUCUUUUCUCGUUUUCCCGGUUGUUCUCCUAGGUUGUUUUGUGAAUUCCUGGCAGUGUUUGGCCAACUUCCUCCCAGUGGUACAGUGUGGUGGAUCAUCGCUCAGAAGCUUCAAUGAGGAGGACUCACUCAUAAAUGAACCCUUUACACAAAUGCAUGGGUGGUUGUUUGUGAGCUUGAAUAUCUGCUCAUUCUUGGCGAGUCUUUGACUGCAACUGGCUGUAAUCAUGGCCAUGUGCUAUCCGACUUAUUAAAACUGUGAGCCUUAUGGCAGAAUACAACAGUGUAGUGUGUUGUUUGCGUAGGAGUCGCCCUCCGUGAGGAGAUUUUCUAACCCAACACCCAAUGUCAGGAAUUGUUUCUUGCCAUGCGAUUGUAGUACAACUGUUGAGGUUGGUGUAUGAAGAGGCCUGGCCCGUUGUCUGGAUGACUGGCUAACCAGCCAUUGCCAUUAAACAGCUUCUACAGGCAAAACAGGUGCAUGGUGAGGCGCCUGUGAAGAGGUACAAUGUCCUGGUUCAUACUGUGCGCUGGGGCUGAGCGACGCUUGCUCACCCCCAUGCAGGUGACUGUGUGCUUGCGAAUAUUCAUGCUCAUGAAUUCUCUCACACAUCAUGAUCUCUGCAAGCGGUAGAGAAACCAUGCAUAGUGCUUGUUUUUCUUGCAACCGAGGCUUGUUGUCCUGUGCUCGGCGCAUGCUGCUUGUGGCUCGCACAUGCUGUCCUUUACUCCACGAGUGCUAAUUUGAUCCGCUCGGCCACACAGGAAUGUGGAUGCUGUUGCUAGUAUAGCGAAAACAAAAAGAAAAGAGGAUGUUGUUGCUCAUAUAGCACAGCGGUGAACAGAUGUGACAAGGAGCAAGGCAGCAGUGCAGAAGCAGGCUCAUGUACAGCAAUCAAUAUUAACUUAGUAAUCGUUGUUACCUUAAUUCUGUCUGUGGUAUGCUCAGUUUAUGUUUCUAUUAUCGCAUCGAAAGGAGGGAAUAAUUGACCGAGUACUAAAUAUUCCGCUCGUGCCAUGACAGUGCAGGGACACAACCCUUGAGGUUUGAGCCGGCAUGGAUACAAUUUGUGUUCUUCAUUGCUUGGAGAAACUUUGCUAAGAAUCACAUGAUAGCCUUCCCAGUAUGUAUUUCAUAAGUUUGGAGUAUUUCCUGUCUGUUUGGCAAGGAUCAGUGACAGCUCAUGCUAACUGUAUUGAAACAGGGUUGGUUGCACAGCUGCACCGGUGCCUGAUUUUUUUUCACUCUUUCAUUUUCUGGGCUUUGUUCCAGUAUUUCCCCUCGUCCCCAUUCCCGCCCUCCAACCCAGGGCCUCCCCCAAGGACUCCCAACCUCCCGGAUUUCUCCAGUCGCUGCCCCUUGCAAUGAUUCUUAUGUCAACCACUCUCAAACCUCCACAAACACAUUCACAUGAGAAUCCGAGACGA